AUGGGAUUGCCUUUCAUUUUUACCACGAUUAGUUACUGCAUGGAGUAUUCAGAAUUCCUGGAAAAAAGAGGACAGUUGGGAGACCAUUUCAAUGAAGCAUCCCCACUGGCUGCUCUGAAAAGCCAUGUUCGCAUUGUUCCUGCGUCCGGCUCCGCGUUCGCCGCAACCACCGCCGCCGCGCGCCUCCUUCGCCACCCCGGACUCCCGCAGCUUAGUCGCCAGAGUCCUGGAACUCUCGCUUUCUUUCUAAUCCGCUGCAUCGGAUCACCGGCAUGUCCCAUCUUGUCAGACGCGGCCGUGGACACCAGCUCCGAGGUCACCACCACGGACUUAAAGGAGAAGAAGGAAGUUGUGGAGGAGGCGGAGAAUGGAAGAGACGCCCCUGCUGAUGGGAACGCUAAUGAGGAAAAUGGGGAGCAGGAGGCUGACAAUGAGGUAGAGGAAGAAGAGGAAGAAGGGGGAGAGGAGGAAGGGGAGGAAGAGGAAGGCGACGGUGAGGAAGAGGAUGGAGAUGAAGAUGAGGAGGCUGAGGCAGCUGAAGAAGAUGAGGACGACGACGUCGACACCAAGAAGCAAAAGACCGACGAGGAUGACUAGACAGCAAAAAAAGGAAAAGUUAAACUUAACAAAAC